UCCAUGGGGUCCGGCGGCCGCCGCAGCGCGGCUGGGGCUCGGGCGCUGCCGCUGCUGCUCCUGCUGCUGCCCGCACCGGCUGCCCUGCCCCUGCCCGAUGUGGAUGAGUGUGCUGUGGGGCUUGAUGACUGCCAUCCAGAUGCUAUUUGUCAAAACACCCCGAAACUGUACAAGUGCAUGUGCAAAGUGGGUUACACUGGCGAGGGGAAGAAAUGUGAAGACAUCGAUGAAUGUGAUAAUGACUUUAAUGGAGGCUGUGUCCACGAGUGUUUCAACAUUCCAGGAAAUUACCGCUGUACUUGCUAUGAUGGCUUUAUGUUGGCUCAUGAUGGCCACAACUGCCUGGAUACAGAUGAAUGCAUGUACAACAAUGGUGGUUGCCAACAUGUUUGUGUCAACACUGUGGGGAGCUACGAAUGUCGCUGUAAGGAAGGGUUCUUUCUAAGUGAUAACCAGCACACGUGCAUCCACCGCUCAGAAGAAGGUAUGAGCUGCAUGAAUAAAGAUCAUGGCUGUGCCCACAUCUGCAGAGAAACGCCCAAAGGAGGAGUUGCCUGUGAAUGCCGACCAGGAUUUGAAUUGUCCAAGAACCAGAGGAGCUGCAUUUUAACAUGUAAUCAUGGAAAUGGUGGCUGUCAACAUACAUGUGAUGAUGCUGAUAACGGGCCUAUUUGCGGAUGUCACCCCAAGUACAUCAUGCAUGUAGAUGGGAAAACCUGCUUGGAGAGGGAAGUGACUGCUGUUGAAAUUUCUGAGGGAAACACUACAGCAGGAGCUGAUGUGGACAAGAGGGUGAAGCGACGGUUGCUUAUGGAAACAUGUGCAGUAAAUAAUGGUGGCUGUGAUCGUACGUGUAAAGAUACAUCUACUGGAGUUCACUGCAGCUGUCCCGUUGGGUUCACGCUCCAGUUUGAUGGGAAGACAUGUAAAGAUAUUGAUGAAUGCCAGUCCAAUAAUGGAGGCUGUGAUCAUUUCUGUAAAAACACUGUUGGCAGUUUUGAUUGCAGCUGCAGAAAAGGAUUUAAAUUGUUAACAGAUGAGAAGUCUUGUCAAGACAUUGAUGAAUGCUCUUUUGAACGGACGUGUGACCACACGUGCAUCAAUCAUCCAGGCACCUUUGAGUGUACUUGUAACAAAGGAUAUGCUCUCUAUGGCUUCACACAUUGUGGAGAUAUUAAUGAAUGUAGCGUCAACAAUGGUGGUUGCCAACAGCUGUGUGUGAACACACUGGGAGACUAUGAAUGCCUGUGUCAUUCUAACUACAAAUUACACUGGAAUAAAAAGGAUUGUGUUGAGACAAAGGGUGCCUUGCCUGAUAAUAUGUCACCCAGGGUAUCGCUGCACUGCAUUAAGAGUGGUGGGAGUGAUAGAUGCUUCUUAAGCUGCUCUUCAGAUGUCCAGGUGUUUUCUGGAACGCAAGAUGCCUACACCUUCACCUGUGGCAGGUCAUCUCAGCUUAAGAAAAAGCAGCAAAAUACAAAUGCAUCCAGCUGGCUGGAUACUUCAGCCAUCAAGAUAAGCGUAACCUUUAAAUUAAAUGAAGGAAAAUGUAGUUUGAAAAAGACUGAGAUGUUUCAAGAAGGUCUGGAACAGAUGGUACCAGAGAGACAUAAUUCAGUAAUGGAGAGUUUCCACUAUGUAAACCUAACAUGCAGCUCUGGCAAGAAGGUUAAUGGAGCCCUCAGUAGACUGACAGCAACUAGAGAAAUUUUUAUCACUGCGGACUUUGAGCUUGAAACAAGCCAAAAGGAGGUGACAGACACAUGUGAUGUGCGCUGUGCUCGGAAAAAGACUGAAAAGAGGUUCCGUAAAACCAUUCGGACCCUACGGAAGACAGUCAGCAGGGACCAGUUCCGUAUUCGCAUCUCUGGCAUGGACCAUGAAGUGGCCAGGAAGUCUCUCAAGCUGUCGGAGCCACAGCAGUCUUGUGGUGUAGGACAGAUGCACGUGGGUAGCAGAUGUGAUCAGUGCUCACCAGGUGAAUAUUCUCCCGAUGGCUUCAAACCCUGUCUGCCAUGCCCCCUUGGAACAUACCAGCCUGAAGCUGGAAGAGUAUCCUGUUUUACUUGUGGAGGAGGUCUAACAACAAGACACAGCAGUGCAUCUCUGUUUCAGGACUGUGAGACCAAAGUUCAGUGUUCACCAGGCCAUUUUUAUAAUACCACAACUCAUCGGUGUAUUCGCUGCUCAGUUGGAACAUACCAGCCUGAGUUUGGACAAAAUUACUGCAUUUCAUGCCCUGGAAACACCACUACUGAUUUUGAUGGGUCGACAAACAUAACACAGUGUAAAAAUAGGCAGUGUGGAGGUGAACUGGGAGAUUACACUGGAUAUAUUGAAUCACCAAACUAUCCUGGGGACUACCCUGCAAACACUGAGUGUACCUGGAACAUUAACCCACCACCAAAGCGCCGUAUUCUGAUUGUGGUUCCAGAAAUAUUUCUACCAAUAGAAGAUGAGUGUGGAGACUACCUGGUGAUGCGGAAAAGCUCUUCUUCCAACUCUGUAACCACGUAUGAAACCUGUCAAACCUAUGAGCGCCCUAUAGCUUUCACUUCUAGGUCUAAGAAGUUGUGGAUCCAGUUCAAGUCGAAUGAAGGAAACAGUGCCAAAGGAUUCCAAGUUCCUUAUGUAACAUAUGACGAGGAUUACCAAGAACUAAUAGAAGACAUUGUUCGGGAUGGCAGACUUUAUGCAUCUGAAAAUCAUCAAGAAAUACUUAAGGACAAGAAACUGAUAAAAGCACUGUUUGAUGUGUUGGCACAUCCACAGAACUACUUCAAGUACACAGCCCAAGAGUCAAGAGAGAUGUUCCCAAGAUCCUUCAUUAGGCUGCUGCGCUCCAAAGUUUCCAGAUUUUUGAGGCCUUACAAAUAGUUGGCACCGUACUUAGAAAACUAACCAGCCCUGGGCAUGCACAGAGGGGUUGUGGUAGGUGGGGCUGCUUUCUGUGUUUUACACACUGGCAGAGGACCUCCAGGGAAGCUUGCCAGCUCCGUUCUUGGCAGAGUUUGGCUUUCUCAGCUAAUACAAAUAUUUUGUUGAACACGGUUUUGAUUCCUUUCCAGGUAAUACCUUUUGGGUACCAAGGAUGCUUCAUGGGUCUCUGAAUUAGAGACUGUCCAUCAUUUCUGUAACUAAAUGGUGUCAAGCAGAAGUUCAUCGAUUUCUGCCCUAUUGCUUUAUCAGUAACUCUAACAGCUAAUGUGGACAAACAGCCUAAGUAGUGUGGUUUGGAAUGAACUCCUGAGCUGCCAUUAAUGCAUGUUACCUCAACAAAGCUGUGUUCAUGUUUGGUCUUGCUGAAAGUGAGAACAAGAUCAAUGUCUCUCUUAAUUUUUUGCUACAAAGGAAAUUCAGAGCUAAGAUUGGAAUAGUUUUAGUCCAAACCAGUGAGUCCAAGAAGUGCGCAAGGUAUAAUUUUUCUCUGAACUAUAUAUUGUAUGAGGCAAAUGGAGGAAUAAGCAAAGGGUUGAAUAUUAGCUUGAAUGCUCUGGGUCUGGAUAAAACUGUGUUCAUUCUGGUGGUCUGUUGGUGUAAACAGAGUGAUACCAGAAUAAAACCAGGGCACCAAAGUAAUGGAAAAUAGACCCUGACCUGCUGGACACUUCCAUUUUGGGCUGGCUGCAGAUGUUACAGCAGAACAGAUUCUUUGCUAAAUCCCAAUGCUCUCCUUGUGCACAGGCCUGGGACAACACGAGGCAUUGGCUUUUUCAAGUAGUAUAAAAAUCUGUCCUCUGAGCAUUUGCAGGUGAACACACAAGCCCCAUUUUAGAUGCAGGCUUUGAAUAGGUUAUGCUUUUGUACAUCACUGUUUAAACUUGUAUAAGGUUCUUGUAUAAGUCUCAAUCCUUAUGUUCCUUAUCUUGUCUGAGCACCUUGCAAUGACCUUGCGGAGCAGAGAAAGACUGCUUUCCUUGUCUUGCUGGAGAGAAAUAGCUGUACAAAGGUAUUCCUCAGCCAGACUGUGGCCACAAAGUGAUCUAUGGCAAAAUGCUAUUCAAGAUUCCCAAGCUCUGUGUUGUUUUCCUCAGGUUGUGUUUUAUGUGACAGAAGGCUAUACUGAAAGGGCCCAUAGAGAGAACUAUGUUGAUCAAAAUAUUGUCUCAGUGCUUUUCUGUCCACACUUCAAUUACAUCACUGGUUUCUGGCCAUGCAAACCAUUUCCUUGGUGUAAUGUACCUUCUGGGCCUUCUAUUUGAAGGCAGAUGGCUUCAAUCCUCCUUAUUUGGAAAUGGACUAAUGACUUCUGCCUUUUAGUCACUGGCAGUGCCAGUGGGUACCAAACUUCCUCUCUGUGCCCCCUUAGGAAAGGUACUGAAAUUUCAUGGUGUAGCCAGGACAAAUGCUCCCUUUCAGAUCUCCCUGGGUUUCAUUGCAUUAGUAUGUGGUAUUUAACUGUUCUACGUGAAUAAUACUUUGCCCACAUUGUGACAGAUGAAACCCUCAUCAAGAGCCAGGGUCUGAAUCUCUUCUCUGAUAAUGUUUGGAGCAAACUAAUACUACCAAAUGCAGCCUUGCUGAACUAUUGUGGCAUGGUAGCCCUAUUCUGUGGCAUGUGUGGAAGUGCAACCUGUCAUGUGGUAAGGACAUGUCUUAAUCAUGCUGUGAUGAGAAGGGGCAGUGGCCACAGGCUACAGCUGGGGAGCAUAGCUCCUCAGGAUGGGGUUCGUGUGAUGCUGUAUUUCUUUUGCUACUGCCCUGAAAGAAUUGCCAUGCUGUGGGUGGAGAAGGGAAAUGUCUUGUGUUGCUGCCAAGAGGGUGAGCUGUGUCCUAGCUGGCUGCUUUGGGGCUCCUGCUCCAGCUCAAGAGCUGCUUGUGGGUUUGUGUGACAGGGUGGUGAGCACCCAUUCCAGGGCUAGGGCUGCCAAGCCUGUAGUAGAGGGGGCCAAAUGGCUUGGGCAAAAGAAGGGAGGCAAGGGGUGAACUAGUAGAAUGCAAGGGAAGGAACACAAGUCCUUGUGUGUUCCUGCCUGGUGUGUUUCAUCCUGGACAAGGUCCCUGCUGCCAUCAUGGGGAGGGAGGACAGGGGUUAUCUAAAAGAAGGUAUGGGGCAGUGUGACUGGUGAGAGGAAUGGCUAAGGAAUGCUGAAACAAGAGGAAGGGUGUUGAGAAAAGUUGCUGUGUCUGUGGAGAAGUGUAUUGUGGUGGUGAGAUCUCAGGAAGGUAUUUCAAGAUAGUUUCCCUCUGUCUUAGCAGCCCCUACCUCUCUGCUCUUUGUGGCUUCUCGUGCCAGCUGCAGUGUGUCAGUGAAUUGCAGUGACCCACCAACCUUCUCUAUGUGGCAAUGGAGCAUUUUGAAAUGGUGAGAUGCUGCAUUUCUGCUCUGAGUGCAUAGGUUCUGCUGGUGGGGCACUGGGAGGAGAGGACCGUGGUGUGCCAGCUCCUGGGCCAAGUGCAGCAGAGUGGCUUUGCUGUGGUCUGUGUGCUCUCUGCCCAGGGAAGCAAGCCAGUUUUUGCUGUGUUCCCUCCCAAGCAGGCUACAGAUCUGAACACUUCUGUUUUAUGUCGCUGAAUGACACACAAAUUGGGGUGAUUGGUUUCAACAAGGGUUCAAGAAAACAAAAGCUGUGAAACAUACAUUUAUUUUGAUUUUGUGAAAUUGGGCUUUCUUGCUUUGUGCAUGAGUUACUGACUUGAACUCCGUGUUUGUUGCACUGCACCUCAUCUUGUAGUAGCACUGUUCCAGCUCUGCACAGCUGCUCUGGGACCAGUGUCAUGCCUUCAGUCUGUACAGUGGUCUCAGUAUUGCAUCUCCAUACCCCCUUUGUGCGCAGGACAUUUUCAUUGUCUGUGUCUCAGUGUGGUGUACAGUAUAAGGCUGAGGAGAAAAACCUGCUCUUUCUUGAAGAAUCCUUGCUCCACAGCCCUGUUCGUUUUCUAUAUAGAAAGUAAAUGAUUCAGAAGCGCUUCUCUUUCCCUUGAUCUAACAUUAUGAAUCAAAAUUUCCCCUUUUACUGUCGAUCCUGUGUGUGCAGUAAGAAGUGAAGAGGGAAUUUUUGCCAUCUUAAAUGUUGGGAGAAGUGAUACCUGUUGCAGAAUGCUGUAACACUUGGCAUUGUAUCUUCCUAGCGAUGGUAGUGGCUCGGUAGAAAUGUGAAUUUCUACUUUCUGUGUGGUUGUAGACUGAUGUUAUUUUUUUUGGCAACAAAUGAUUCAAAAAAUGUUUAACCUUAUAAAACCGGAUUUAACUUUUGAAAUAAGAGUUAGUGUUAACUGGGUAACUUAAUGUCACCCAUGUGAGAUAAGCAUAAGGAUCUUUUUUCAUAAUGUAAAUUAAUGUAAAACGUUUCAGACUGUUACUUUUAAUAACAGAAAUAAACCAGUGAAUUUUUAGUUGCAUGAAAACCUUGAGUAAUACUUUAAUUGUCUUUGCUGUCCUAAAUGAUAGUUUGUGUCAAAAUGCACGGUUGUGCAGCAAGUUAUUGCGCAUCAGAUAGACUAUCUAUCUUAGGAACAUCUGCUUACUGUUUCAUGUAGUAUAUUAUUAGCCUGCAUCUAUACCCAUAAAGAUACAGUUCUUUCUACGUUUAGUGGUGCACAUAUUUCUGGUUAGUGUAAUACUAGAAUUAUCCUGGUACCAUUUCUAACAAUUAUGCUAAAAAUGUCUCCUGUAUGAUGAACUGGACUCAAGUGGCCUGUUGUAACCAGCUCUAUGAAGGCAGAAUAAACUGCACAAAGUAACUCCAAA